ACAAAAGAUGUCUCCAUAACAAUGAAUGGUGCAAGUACUGGUAAAGAUGCUGGAAAAGAAAACAGAUUAAGUUUUGAUUUUGGAACUGUGUUUACUGACAACUCUGGACAGAGUAUAGGGAACACACUCUACUAUCUAAAUGUUGCUGGAUUUCUAAAACAGAAUGAUUCUGAUGAUUAUCUAUUUGUGGGACAACAAGAGUACAGAACAGAUCCAAAUUAUGUUUCUUUGAUAACCUACAAAUAUGAUUUAGUUCCUGAGGUAGAAGCUAUGAGCUUAAAUCUGGUUCAAGGAGACACUGAAAUCAUCACAUUUUCCUUUAUCUCCACCCUUCCCCUUGCUGAUAUAGAGAUAGAAAUAUCGGAAAUAUCUUUUAAUAAAGAUUCCGUCCAUAUUGGAAAGCCAGUUCUAACACAAAUAGGAGAUGCUUUUAACUGUGAUUCAGUACGAGAGAAAUUAUACCAUUAUAAACCACAGUAUGGAGGAGUUUCUGUGCAGAAAAGAAAAAUGAGGAUUCUCGGAGCUCUAAAUACUGCAGCUGUAAGAGACUCAGCUGAUACUAUUUCGAUGAUGGAGUUUAAAGUGCCCCUUACACUACUUAAAAACCGAUUGUUUGGGUUUGGAAGUGUGCACAAUAUCAAGAUUGUUAUUACAGAAAAGAAUUCUUUGCUUGGAACUUAUUCAAUUUUCCCCCAUACAGAGACCGUUGGGUAUCAUGUACUGACGAUGGAUGUUGACGUUGUACAGAUAUCUGGAGCAUCAAAAAUGCAGACUGGAGCUCCAUAUCUAUCUGAUGAUGCAGCAUUAAUUAAUGCUGAUCCUGUUUGGCCUGGCAGCUCAGCAUUGUUUGAAGCUUAUUUGUUUCUUGAGCCAGGGUCUAAUCCAGUAUCAUUUUCCUCAUCUUGUGAUGGAGAUGUAUCUGUUAUUGUUGAAAUAGACACUGAAACUGAAUGGAUGGGGUUCGUCCCCCCUAUAUCUGAUGUAUAUCAUGUGAAUGGAUCGGGAAACUAUGGUAAUAUCAGUAACCUUCACAAUGAGGAUCUGAAGGUUAAAAUCCUCCUCAUGGGAAUAUCCACACAGCCUGGUAAUCCGGGCACUACUGUGUCAUGUUCCUUAAGCCUGAAAGGUUCCAAUAGCAUUUCUCUUAACUGGACAUAUGCUGAAAAUUUACAGGAAGUUUCUGAGAUUUCUGUUACCCCUCUCUACUAUAGUACUGCUGUAUUAAAUGAUGGUGACCAAAUAAUGAUGGGAGUGGAUAUAUCAGUUCCUCCGACCGCUAUGGAAGAUUUCUCUGUCCAUUUUGAUCCGGUUGUGCAAACUGUUGUCUCAGAACAUCCUCAUCUCAUACAUCUGUGCAAAAUUGAUAUUGUAAAUAUCGAAGAAGAUUUACAUUAUCUCAAAUUGAAAAAGUUUGAACCAAGUUACUCUAAAUCUACCUCCUAUGAAUGGCAAUGGCUUCCAGAUUCUGGGGCUUUUAAUCUCUCAACCCGGCCAGCAAAACCACUUUCUGAAGAUGUAAGAACAAAGAACAAAUUUCGAAUUCGGGCAGUCUAUGAAGAAAUACCAAAUCAAUUGUAUUUUGAUGAGUAUACUAAUGCGAUCAGAGAAGUGACUACUGACAUCAAAUUUUCAAAUGGAACCACUUGGACUAUCAAAAAUCCGUUUGAAGCAAUUCCAUCUGUUGUGGAUGGGUUUAAAGAUCAGAAUAGUUGGGCAUCUUGCCUUGGUGGCUGGAGACCUCUGCCAAGUGGGAGAAAGGUGUGUCUAAUACAAGAAACACUGUACCACCCUCAAAGAAAGGAUUAUUGCGCAAACCUAGAUUCUUAUCUGGUUGAGCUUCACACAAGAGAAGACUUUAAUGCUUUCCAAGCCUUUCUGUUUAAUUUGAUGGAUCAGUUUGGAAAAUCUUCUGGAUAUGUUGCUACUGGUGCAGAAAUUGUACAGUUCACAAAUGAUACAGUGGGAAUCGUAUGGGGACAUUCGAAGGCUCCAAUUGAUGUUGACGAAGAUGGUUUGUUUAAACCAUUCUUGGGGUAUUAUUGGGAUGUGAAGAUUGGGAAUAAUCUGAUGCUGCAACCUGUAAACUUUAAACCGGGGACUUACUUGGCUGGCAAUCCUACAUUCUAUCUAAAGCCCUGGUUGUAUCCAGAUGGAUCAUUUGAGUUUGCUUGUAUGAGAGAUGCUGACCAAGUGGAAGACCCUGUAAAGAACCCAAGACUAAAACUAGUAACAAAAGUAAAUGAGACACAAUCAAGGUUAAAGUUAUAUGAAAUGAAAUUCAAUCUCAAAUUGGAGAGAGGAACUCGCAGUAGCUUUAACUUCACUUUAUCAGAACCAUCUGAAGACAUGAGAGUUUGUGCAAUAACUCUAUCUCAUAUCGGAAGCAACUACCCCUGUGCAAGAGAUCCUAAUAAGGGAACUCCUACUCCACACAAUACUUCAUCCGUUGUUAUCGGUUACCCAGAGUCUUCAUUGGCAUUUAUGCAGCUGUAUAAUUGGGGAACUGGUCAUACUGAUUUUGAGGGCCCAGUAGAUGAUGAUACAAUACAAUUCACUGUAGUUUAUGAAAAUCGGUAUUUCUCUGGAGCUGCUCCUGUCAAUGGAUUGCUUCCAAAAACUGUCAGUUUGAAAACUACAAUGGCCAACUACGAAAAAACUAUGGCAGCGUCCACAGAAACCCUGAACUAUAACAUUGACCCUGAAUUGCCUCCACUCAAACCUGCACCUUCAACUAUACCUAUCCAAGUAGUGCCUGUAGAUGGCACAUUUGACCUUGUAAAGGGCAUGUGUAAACAAAUCCGUUUUGUAAUUAAUUAUCCAGAUACAAAUGGUUAUGUUCAAUUCAAAGCAGUGAACAAAGAUUUUACAUUCGGAAAAUAUAUCCAUUGGUGUGCUUUUGGUUUUUAUCAGAAAGGUCUAAACUUUCCUUGUCUGCGACCAAAGUCUAUAGAAGCGACUGAGUGGACAUGGACGGCUUCUGCUGGGAUGAAAAAUGACACUGUUGGAACUGUUGAGUUUUAUGAAAGCAUACAGACUGAUAUGGGAAGAAUUCUUAGUUAUCCAGUUUCUCCAGAACCUAAAGAAAACCAAAUUGUAUUUGAGUUGAGUGUGAGGGCUGACAAACUAGCUGCUCCUGGCACUGAAAUUAAACUUGAUUUUCUUCUAUAUUUCUGGGAUGAAGAUAGAGAGAUAAAAACCAGCUUUACUCUAAAAGUUGCUGAGAUGACAGAGUUGAAUAACCCAGCCACUAACUAUACUGAAGCAAGACGGUCCUUAGAUGCGUUUUUCGAAAGACCAAAACUCACCACUUACAUGACAAUGGGUGACGUAAGAGAAACUGUACAAUGCAAAUUUGGAAUCAGAUUUCCGUACAACGCAACUUUACGAACUCAGCUGCUCGCUCAAGCCCCGGUGGUGGCUGGCAGGGCUGUUCUGCAUUUGAAAUCCCUGCAAUUUGGAGACUACAAUCUAAUGCAAAUUGGCGAUAAUAUAAUGGGAGUCAAUAAUUAUAUGGAUUUUGAGCGAACGCUGGAUGUUGUUGCAAAUAAGAGUGGUGAGCUUCUCACCCAUAUGCAACGUGAUCACAUUUAUGCAGAUCUCGGAUACAUUACAAGUUCAGAUAUGGACCAUAAUUGGAACGGCGCAUUUUUACCACCGUUUAGGCAAACGUUUGAUGUUUAUGUCUGGGUUGAGAUAUCAGAUCAUCCUCUUACCAUUGAUGGAUCAUCACAUUAUGUAGAACUUAGUGUUCAGAUAGGAGAUGAUAUCACCGCAGGUACAUGUGAAAUCAUGGUUUUGCGUCAGACAACAGUUGCUGAUCGAAUAAAUAAGAGUAGACCUGAAUUAGAGUUAAAGCUUAAAACCAAUGAUUUACCGGACAAAAUCUAUACACAAGGGGAAUCUGUUCCUUUAACUUCAUUAGUAAAGCAUAAAAAUACAUCACUAGGUGAGGGAUUUCCAGCAAAAUACAGAGUUUUACUUGAUGAAUAUACUGGGUUUGUGACCGGAAAGGAUGUUGUUAUGACGAACUAUACUGGACUACCAAUAGAAGUAUUUGUUCCUAAUCAAGAAAAUAGAGAGGGCUCAUAUUUUGACAUCAUUUUCCCUACCGGUAUCUUGUUUCCUGAUGUUAUCGAGGUAAACUUCUCUGUAACUGUUGAUCCUCUAAAGAAAAGAAGACCUGGAGUAAAGGAGUAUCUCUCAACUGUCAUGGCUUAUGCACUUGGUGAGGUGUCCUACCAUUUCGGAUAUCCUCUUCUUAUAUCCGGACUUCAGGAUAAAUACAAACCAACAACAUUGUCUAAUUAUGAAGUUGCUGACUUUACAUCCAGUUUUGGAGAUUGUAUGAAGCAGAUUGAUAUUUUGGAUCCGAAUCUACAAAUUCAGGCCAGCUACAGAUAUGGUUGGGAACCACUGUAUGCUCCCGCUAAUAUUCUAACUUUAAAUAUGUCCUGGACGGUUCCUAUCAGGACUGGAUCUGAGUUUGUGGAUAAGAACUGGAUUGAGGUUGAUCUGCUGACCAUCCGACGGAUUAACAAGAUCUCCGUCCAGUCUCCGGCCUCAAGCAGAGCUCCUAAACUACUACGGAUUGAUACAAGCUAUAACGGACAUACAUUUACCAGGGGACAAGAAGCGAUCAUUAAAUUUGAUACAACACUGGAUUUCAGGGCCCCUAUCCUUACUAGAUUUUUGAGGUUUGUAGUUCUAACAACAAAUGAUGUGACAGAAAACCUAAAAGCUAUUCAGAUGUACAACUUGAAAAUAUUUGGUUGUGUGGAGGAAACAGUAUUUUCUAAACUAACUGUUGAUCCUUUAGGAAAAAUUAUGCCUUCAAGAGACGGAACAACUUGUUAUUCAUCUGCAGACGGAAAGAAAUUUGUUGUUCUUCAGCAGUAUGUUCAUAACAUUAUUGGAUACAGCCCAAUUACAGGAAGAAUGUAUUUUCAGGAUAAAUCUGGAACCUCCUUCAUGUCCUCAACUAAUGGAAAACGUCUGGAUGUUACAUCUCCAGAUAAAAUAGGAGCAGUUAUAAAUGGAACUGGAUUUUUGCCUGCCAAAGUGGUGCCAGGAUACGAUAUUAAAACGUUGUCUAACAUGGCAAUCAAGCCUGCUCCUGCUUCAUUAUUUGCAGUGUCAUAUGAUGGUGUUAUGAAGGGCGCAGAUCCACUGUUUAAAUGGUCUUCAUGUUGUGUUGUCAAUGAUGAAGCCACGACGGAGGCACCUUAAACAAAUAUAAAAAAUAUAAAAAAUAUAA